GAAUGGCGCUGCUUGUAAUGCCUGAUCUUUCGGUCUUUGGUGACACAUGUAGGUGUUGAACCCACCAAGCAGUUUCCGCUCCUCUCCGGCACUUUUCACCCUCCAUACACAGACCACCAGCUGCUCCCCGACACAGCAGGAAGAAGUUGAGGUCUCUGCCUCCACCUGCCGAUGGAGAGAGGGAAGUAGGAGGAGCGCGGUGGUGGAUCUCUCUCUCUCUCCUCCCUCUCGCCAUCCUCAGGUAUGUCUCUUCACCCUCAGCCACCGUCAACAGCAACAGUCAGCCCACUACAACUACUACUGCAGCCUACUGACCCAGUCUCCGUCUCCCGUCCUCCGCUGGAUAGAACAGACACACUGUAGUGUGAAUUAGUGCGAACUUCACGGACUGAGAAGAAGUGAUUAAAAACCAUGGCGACAAUAGGGGAUUUCGACCCGCUCAACUCCACCGUCCCUGCCACUAAGAUUGAAGUCACGGUUUCUUGCAGAAACCUGUUGGACAUGGACACGUUCUCCAAGUCAGAUCCAGUAGUGGUGUUGUACGUUCAAGGCCUGGGCACCAAGGAGUGGAGAGAGUUUGGUCGGACUGAAGUGAUCGACAACACGCUGAACCCCGACUUUGUGAGGAAGUUUGUCCUGGACUUUUUCUUUGAGGAGAAACAGAACCUCCGCUUUGAUGUGUAUAAUGUGGAUACCAGGAGCUCCAACCUUUCCAAACAUAAGGACUUCCUGGGUCAGAUGUUCUGUACAUUGGGGGAGAUCAUCGGCUCGACUGGCAGCAGGCUGGAAAGGACACUCUCGGGGAUUCCUGGAAAGAAAUGUGGAACCAUCAUCUUCACAGCUGAGGAGCUCAGUAACUGCCGGGACAUAGCCACCAUGCAGCUCUGUGCUAACAAGCUGGACAAAAAGGAUUUCUUCGGCAAGUCUGACCCUUUCCUCGUCUUCUACCGGAGCAAUGAGGAUGGGACGUUCACCAUCUGCCACAAGACUGAGGUGAUCAAGAACAACCUCAACCCUGUUUGGAAGUCUUUUACCAUCCCUGUUCGAGCACUUUGUAAUGGAGACUAUGACAGGUCGGUCAAGGUGGACGUUUAUGACUGGGACCGAGAUGGGAGUCAUGACUUUAUCGGAGAGUUCACCACCAGCUACAGAGAACUGUCCAGAGGCCAAAGCCAGUUCAAUGUCUACGAGGUUUUGAAUCCUAAAAAAAAAGGCAAGAAGAAGAAAUAUGUCAAUUCAGGGACGGUGACUCUGCUGUCUUUCAAAGCAGAGUCAGAAUACACGUUUGUUGACUACAUCAGAGGAGGGACACAACUCAACUUCACUGUGGCCAUAGACUUCACAGCAUCCAAUGGUAACCCAUCCCAACCCACCUCACUGCACUAUAUGAGCCCGUACCAAAUGAAUGCAUAUGCCAUGGCUCUAAAAGCUGUAGGGGAGAUCAUCCAGGACUACGAUAGUGAUAAACUCUUCCCAGCUUACGGCUUUGGAGCAAAACUUCCUCCAGAUGGCAAGGUCUCCCACGCCUUCCCACUGAACUCAAAUACAGAAAACUCAAACUGUAUGGGGAUCGAUGGUGUGCUGGAGGCAUAUUUCCAGAGCCUGCGAACAGUUCAGCUGUAUGGCCCUACCAACUUUGCUCCUGUCAUCAACCAGGUGGCCCGAUGUGCUGGGGAGGUGACUGACGGCUCCCAGUACUUUGUGCUGCUGAUGAUUACAGACGGCGUCAUCUCAGACAUGGCUCAGACCAAAGAGGCUGUGGUUAAUGCAGCCUCCCUGCCCAUGUCUAUCAUCAUAGUAGGAGUGGGCCCUGCUGAGUUUGAUGCUAUGGAGGAGCUGGAUGGGGACGAGGUCAGAGUGUCCUCCAGGGGACGCUUUGCUGAGAGAGACAUUGUUCAGUUCGUACCUUUCCGGGACUACAUCGACCGCUCAGGCAACCAGGUGCUGAGCAUGGCUCGCCUGGCCAAGGAUGUCCUUGCAGAGAUCCCAGACCAGCUCCUGUCCUUCAUGAAGAGUCGGGCGAUCGAACCCCAGCCCCCGCCGUCCUCCAUCUCAGACAUCCCCUCAAUGUCCACCACCACUACAACCAAGACCAAAGAACGCAACAUGCAUGUAUGAAAAUGAGGGCAAUGCACAAAGUGUGAAAAUUGAGCAAACUGAGAUGUUUCUUUGCAUCUGUGUGUGUACUUGUGUGUGUUGCAUGGUUUCAGGCAGUGGUGUGCCGUCAGCGCAAGAAAGGCAAGUAGUGCUUGACCAGUUAAAGAAAUAAAUGAACAUAGAAGGACAUAGCGAAAUGGAAGCAGUAUCUCUCCUUACAUCUCAAACCGCGUUCUGUCCCAUAAAUGAUCCUAUAUUGCCUGUUUGCAUUCAACUUGUAAUUUACUGCCCUGUUGUGGCUGCAGUAAGCUGUUGUUCCUGGAAGCUAGGUUAGAGUUAGCUAACCCUAACCCUGGAUCAGAAUUGUAGAAAUUACACUAUUAAUGUUUCUCAUUCUGACUUCUGUUAACACCUGUCACUAUACACUCCCUCUGCAACACACAGCUCUGCAAUGAUACACAACUACAUUUAAAUCAAAGGCUUCAACUGUACAUCAGCAGUUUUUCCUCAGUCAUCAAUUCCUACAUUUCAAAUUAGAGACAAAAGCCACUAUGGACUUUGUUUGAGAAACCAACCUCUCCUGCUGAAGCUGAGUCUCCAUCCACGCCACUUCAGUUUCUGAGCGACUAUUCCAUCUCAAAGUGAUGAAUGUCUAAUCUAUCAGAGAGAUAAAUCCUGAAGUAGCCAGCACUUUGAUUUUGAUCAAUUGUAAAGAAAAACAGCACCAUGGCUGAUGUCCCUUUUCUAGUCUAUCAGUUCUCAGGGGCAUUUUAAAGGCUUGACAGUAACACAGGGAGCGGAAAAUAAUCCAUCAGAAAUUAGGGUUAGUUGUGGCAUCUGAGUGCUUGUGCCCUUUUAUUAUUGCUUCAUGAAACUGAAUGCUGUAUAUUAUUGCUGAACAUGAAAUUCAAAUGUGGUUUUCUUUAAAGGUUUGAUCUAUGGUCUACAUGAUCGAGGUCAACAUUCAGAGAUAGAGUAUUGGCAAGUCUAAACUAAUGGUGCUUUCAAGCACCUCUUGAAAGCUGGAAAUUCUCUUGAGACGGAGAACAGAGUCAAGGAUCCUCCCCUUCCUCGAGCAACCAUACAAUUUAACAAUAUCAGGCUGUGCACAUUACUUCAGCCCUGGUUGUAGAUCUGAACAUUACCGUAUCCUUGUGCUCUGCUGUUCACCUUCUUCCUCUGUAACUCUUUCAGCUGGGGCUUUCAUUUGGGAUGAAUCAUUCAUGAGCUGGGUGCCUCUGUCUCAAGCCGCCUUGAGCAUGUACCUGUUUAAAAUGAAUAGAGCUGGUCAGUGUGCGCAUUUCACAUUACAGAGAAUGUGAAAAAGCUCCAGAGAAUAUGUGAAAGCAUCAGGGUCACCUUUUCUUCCUUUUUGACUGGAAAGAGGAGGAAAACUGUGAAAUGGUGAAUGAAUGAAGGUUAUGAUGUUCCGUUUUAUUAAAAAGGUGUUAGAGGGGUGUUGAUUCAACUGUAUGAUCAUUUGUUGAACUGUAUUGUGUUAUACAGAGAGGUGUGUCUGUUGUUUAGCCUACACUCAGUGAUUUGAAUGGGGUUGACCAAUUAUUAGAAACACCUGUCAUCAUAAUGUAGUAGAGAGAGACCGGGCAUUUUGUUACACUUUUUGCUUUCACUUCAAUUUCUUGGUCUCAGUACAUCACAGUCAUUCAAAUUCCAUAUUAAAUUGAAUAAUAUAUUCUUGUGCCCAAAUGUAUAAUCUUUAGAUUUUUCACAAAUUGUCACACUAUAUUUUUUAGAUGAAGAAACACCUCAACCCCAUCAAACUUGUACUGAUGCUGACAGCCUUGGAGCUCUUAACCUUCAACCGCAUAUAUAUUUUUUCAACAAAUGAAACCAUGUUUAAAAGUAGAGGCUUUCCAUACUCAAUUUUGCAGUUAGAAGUCUGAAAUAUGUAGAAAGAUGUUGCAUGAAAAAAUAGGAAAGACCCAUGCAAUUAAUUACUGCUUGACUGUUGUCAGAGUCACAGUUCUGGCACAAAUAAACAGCGUACCUGGGAGUACAAGCCUCGUGCCCAUUUGUUGCAUCGGACCCGUUCACCCACUUCUUUUUGAACAGCUUUUAGAAAGUGGCUCCACACAGACAAGAAAGACUCAUCAUCUAAGGAUUCAUCUGAGCUUUGUCUUUUUUUGACCUGCCUCCUUUUUGCAGACGCUACAAAUCGCCCUUGCUUCCCCUGCUUCUUAGAGCUCCUUUUGCCCCCGUUUGCUUGUUUUUUUUCCUCCUCUGAUAAUGGUGUAUCAGUGAGAAUGGCAUUUUUAUGGUUCCUUCCCCUACGGGAAGCUGUUUUUCUUGGGGCAGCUUUGGGAUAGGGUCAUAUAUCUUCGGCGCCCGGUAGUCCACUGUUAAGGCCUGUUGAGGAUGGAUAUGAGCUGGGGCCUGGUGGGUCUGGGUUUAAGCUGGGGUCUUGAGAGGCUGCAGCUAUAGGAUGGGGCGAUCUGUAAGAAAUUCAUAUUCAAGAUAUUCAGGGGGGCUGCAGUAAGAGGAUAUGCGAUUGCUACAAUCCCAGGAAUGUCAUAAAUAGACAUGGUUUUCCCAAGGUUGGUUUUCACCCAGGAAUGACAUGCUGUAUGAUAUGCUUCUUAAGUGACCCAUAGACAGUCCUGUUUAAGGUUGAAGCCGAUGGGAACAAUGAGGUGGAGAGUAUAAAUAUUCCAUUCUUUGGCAUAAUUGAGUCCAUUGAUGGACAGAUGAAACUUAUGAUUAUCCAGCAGGAGGAAACAUGGCUUGUCCUUUGAGCCUUUUGUGUGCUCGACGAAAUUAUUCAAAAAGUCCAUAAAGUGUGACUCUUUCAUCCAUCCAGAAGGAUUGGCUCCGCCUUUACCCCCUGGUGGUCCAUUGAUAAGUAAAUUGUUGUGGUAGAUGACAGGAGGGAAUAUAAAAUAGGGAGGGAUACUCUCUGUGGCAGCACACGCAAUUGUGACUAGGUCCCUCUCUGCAGAUGUAAAUGACCCAACUUACUUGAAGCCACAUCUAGCAACUACUGUGUCCGGUUGGUGUACAGUAGUCCCUCCAGUUUCAUUUACGUUAUCUGCUGGUCCAAACUAAUGCCUUUGUAGCACUUCCGCUACGUUGUAAAAGAAGGCAUUGACAUUCAAGCUGUUUCAUUAAUAGUGCAGUUUAGAUUUGAGAAAUAUGAAAAUUAUUCUCAACAGAGAUAACAGUGAAGCACACCACAUGUCAAGAAAACGACUUCAGGACAUUGAGCGACAAAUGCAAGUGUUCGAUUUUUUACAUAGCGCCCCCUGGUGUUGGAGAUCAGUGUGAAAACUUACCCCUGUGACAAGAUGCCCCGGUCUCCCCUACAAUUCAACAGACUCCAAAAUUACCAUACAGUUCAACGCUCUUUAACAAUUUCAACAAAAAGAAAACAAACAAACUGGUCAUUAUGUCCUUCUUGAAGGCAGGAUUUAUUGCAGGACUGUUGUAUUAUGGGACUUUCAGACAGAACGCAUCAACAGCACCACUGCGCUCUGUAACCCAUUAUUUCUAAUUGCUCGUGUCGCGUGACCACUUGAAAGUACUAGGCUAUGUGAAGGAAACUGGCUGCUGAGUUAACAAUGUUGACAUGCUGACAGUUAAACUAUGAGACUUGGUAAGAGCUUGUCUUCACAAUGCAAUAAGGAAUAUUACUGCUCUCCACAUUAAUGGUAGUCUACACAGAAACAAGGGAGGAUGGAGGAGUGGUUGUAUGUACGUUCCAGCAUAAGUUUAUACAAAAUACCAUCACGGCUGCUGUCCCUUCUGACCUUGAAAAGCCAACCCCUUCUUGCCCAGAAAGGGCACUGGCCUGAACAUUAAUCAAUCAGUGAUACGUGUCUGUGCCAGUUCCACAGGUUGUUAGCUACUUCUGCGAUGAUAAGGUCAAUACCUACGUCAGUAAGGUCAUGUGACUAAUAUGACAAAAAAUGUCGUUGUCAUUCAUUGCUUAUCUUUACAGUCAUUAGUCUUUCGAAUUAAUCUGGAUGAAUUUUCAUUCAUUACAUUUAAAAAAAAUUUUUUAUUUAUUUUUAGCAUAUACUUUUUUUGAGUGCGGUACCGCCAACAGGGCGGUUCUGCUUGUUUCAUAGCACCGGAAAGACACAUGUUUGUUGCUGGCAACAACAGGAUCUAAACACAGCGAGAACUUUCCGCUUCAUAACGAAAUUCGGAAACUCCGCCCAUGUUUGUUCUGUUCGGCUGCCGGGACAGUCCGCUGACCCGGGCGGCUACAUUAGUUUUAGCUGGCUGUUCCAAAUAAUCAACUGAGUGCGUGGUGCUGUGUCAGUGAGACUGUUUUCAGGGAGUUACAAUGUGUUGACUGCUUUUGAAAAUGUAUGCACACUUUUCCCCCCAUCACUUCCGGUGUUUGGUAUACGGCUGCAUAUUGUGUCCGCCUGUCAGCAGCGGCUAAACAUGUUUAUUUGCAAUGACUGUUGACUUACUUAAGACUUGUACGUAUUUUUCUGAUUUCAUUAUGAAUUUUAUGUUUGCAUGAACGAUUCAAGCUAAAGUCAGUUAGAUACCAGAAACACCAGAUAUGAUUUACUGUAACAGGUAGAGCUGUUUUUCUCUCACAUACACUCCUUAAAUCAGAUACUGUGCGGUCUGGUUAAAUCUUUUUGUCUUCAACCUUGUUGUUGGAGAGGUUUCUUUCAAGCCAGUAAUAACAGUAAAGACUGGAUUCAUCAGCAUGUUCCAUAUUGUAUCAGAAAGGAAAUGGAUAUGUGGCCUUAUUUCUGUCAUAAUUCACAAGUAAGUGCGAGUGAGGUGUUUUUACAUGACAGCACAGGAAAUCCAUGUUAUUUUUGCAUGCUUAUUUGGCUGCUUCACUGCCAAUUAUUGUACUUGUUUAGGGAAACUAUCUGUAUCUUUAUUCAGAUCUAAAAAUGACUUCAAACAGUA